AUGGAUGCUCUCAAAGUUAUCUUCCUCUUUGCUCUCCUUGCCCCAUUCUCUUAUGUGACAUUAGUCGUUGAUUAUUGUGUUGCAGAUUUCAAUCAUCCAGUUGGCCCAGCAGGAUACCCUUGUAAAAAUCCUGCUAGCCUUACAGCAGAUGACUUUGUUUUCUCUGGUUUGCGUAAUCCAAGUAUAAUAACUAAUCAGCUUUUCAAUCUUAAUUCCGCUUUUGCUAUAGAUGUAACAUUCCCAUCCUUGAAUGGUCUAGGCCUUUCCAUGGGACGCCUAGACUUUGGUGUUGGUGGAGCCGUCCCAAUUCAUUCACACAGAGUGUCAGAACUUAUCCUUAUAUCCGAGGGAACAAUAGUUGCUGGUUUUAUAGACACAAAUGGCACUGCAUUCUACAAAACAUUACAUAAGGGGGAUAUCAUGAUCUUUCCACCUACAUUACUUCAUUUCCAAGUUAAUGUCGGGAAAAUUCCUGCUCUUGCAUUUGUAACCUUAAACAGCCCGAGUCCUGGCUUCGAAAUUACUACUCCUUCUCUAGGUGGAAAUGACCUUCCUACUGAAUUGGUUAAGAAGAUGACUUUGUUGGAUGCUAUACAAGUGAAGAAGUUGAAGAAACUCUUUGGUGGCACUAACUAA